AUGACAAGUCUUGAUACUAGUCAACCAAUUAUUAUUCAAUCAGGUAUUUCAAAUGAAUUUUAUACAUUUGAUAAUGGUUGGCAUCAAACAUUUUUUGGUUCAUUUAAACCAUGUCCACGAUCGGCUUUUGCUUGUUUUUGUAGUCCAUGUUAUAUAGCUAAAUUAAAUGAUCGUACUGGUGAAUAUUUUCUAACCUGUUGUAUUAAUCCAUAUUCAUUAAUGGCAUUACGUACAAAAGUUCGAGCAGCUUUUCAUAUUCGAGGUAGUUUAGCAGAAGAUUGUUAUACAACAUGUUGUUGUUUAUAUCCAUGUGCUGCAAUGCAAAUAGAAAAAGAACUUGAUCAUCAAAAUAUUCCUAAGUAA